AACGAUCCACGUGUACGUUGUCAAAGCGAUUCCAUAGGAGCUCUUCUUUAAUAUACAAAAUUGUUUUGUUCGUUAGCGAACAGUUGUGAUUUUUCAGUUGAAUAUGAUGAUGAACGAUUUACCGAACACAUUUGUGGAAACGUUCCACAGUGUGGAGGCCGUUAGAAAAAUGAAAUAUCAACCGCUCGGCAAGACAGGGAUGAUUGUGUCUAAAUUGAGCUUUGGAGCAUCAUCACUUGGAAGUGUCUUUAGGGAAACUAAUGAUGAAGAGUCCAUUAAAGUAGUGCAUCAUGCAAUAAAAAGUGGUAUCAACUACAUUGAUGUUGCUCCAUGGUAUGGCCAUGGUAAAGCAGAGACUGUUUUAGGCAAGGCCUUGAAAGAAAUACCUCGAGAAGCAUAUUACAUCGCCACCAAGGUGUGUCGCUAUGAGCCUGACAUGCAAAAGAUGUUUGAUUUUUCUGCUGAAAGAACAUUACAAAGUGUUGAAGAAAGCUUGAAGCGACUGGGUCUGGAUUACAUAGAUGUUAUUCAGGUUCAUGAUAUGGAGUUUGCUCCUUCAUUGGACAUGAUUAUCAGUGAGACAUUACCUGCCCUUCAGAAGCUCAAAGACAGUGGGAAAGUGAAGUUUAUUGGGAUAACAGGAUAUCCAUUAGAAAACUUUCGGACUGUUCUGGAAAGGAGUAAAAUAAACAUUGACACAGUGUUGACAUAUUGCCGUUGUUCUCUGAAUGACGUUGGAUUGCUAGAUUAUAUGAACUUUUUUAAAGAGAGUGGAGUUGGAGUUGUAAAUGCUUCUCCUGUAUCAAUGGGAUUAUUGUCAAACCGUGGGCCUCCCUCGUGGCACCCAGCUGGGGAAAUUGUACGGAAAAAAUGCAGCGAGGCUGUUGAUUACUGUCAGGAACAAGGGGUCGAUAUUUCCAAGCUUGCACUUCAUUUCACUUUGGGUUUUGAAGAAAUUCCAACUACUUUGGUCAGCACUGCUAGCAUUCAAAAUCUGCAGAAGAAUAUUGAUGCAGUUAGUCAAAAGUUAUCAGAUGCUGAGAGAAGAUGUCUACUGUAUAUAAGGGACAAUAUUUUUGAGCCAUGUGGUAAUCUUUCCUGGGAAGGUGUAGAAGUCUCAAGAUAUUGGCAGAAAAUGAAACAGCUUCAUAAUUGACACUGUACUUGUGACUCAGUUGUGGUGACAUAUAUGGCAGCUUUCUACAUGUUGUGUGUAAAGAAUAGCUAUACCUUUAAACUUCACCUUUUGUGUUUUAUAAUGAAAAAGAUUAUCAACUUGAUUCAUUUUGCAUGAGAGUUCAUCAUAAUGACAGCUGCCAAAUGUAGAAACUUUUAUUUGAGGAUGUUUGUGGACUUGUUGAAGUUAUUUAAAUUCAUUUCAAAUUUGAACAAAGACAGGCAGGCUCAUUCUCAUUGUAUUUUGAGAUUUUCUAUUGAAGAGUCUCCAGGAAAUGUAAAUUUUCCUCUGUAAAUGAUGUUAUAUUUAAUUCAAGAAACUUUGAAAACUUUGGCAAUGUUUAUUAUUAUAACAUAGCUAGUAAAUUUGUCUAAUCAAAUUCAAUUUCACGAGCAUGCUUCAUAUUCCUAUUGUGCAUGCUCAUGACGUCAACAAACAUAUCCCUCGAGAAGAAAAUUUUCCAUUGGGUUGAAAAUGUUAUAAAACAAUUGGUUCAUAUGUCAGCUAUGCAUUCAUCGAGAUAUGAAGCACUUGGGAAGUUUAGAGAGCACUCACAAAGCUAGAGUUGCUCUCGGCUACGCCUCGAGCAACUCUUACGCAUCUUUCGUGCUCUUCAAACUUUCUGUGUGCUUCAUAUCUCGAUGAACACACGCUGACGUAUGAACCAAUUAUUAAGUAUAGGAAUGUGUGCAGGAUGAAGAAAUGGAAAAAAUUCAGGCUUCCUCUCUGGGAUUUCUUUAAGUGUGGCUCACCUGUGAGAUUCAUUUCUCUACUUGUGUAUCAUCCACAGGUAAUAAGAUAAUAUAUUUUAUUUGGUUGUGAUCAGACUCCCCCAUGAGAACAAAGAAGUUCCAAAAUUUGCCCCACCCCCAACACAUGUUGAUUGGCAGAUCAGUUAGUAGAGGUGCUCAACUAGUAUCUUGGGGGCAUGGUUUUGAAUCCUGUCAAAGCCUAAAUUUUUCCUAUGGCUUCUUAUCAGCAAUUUCUUUCAUUGCAACUUAAUUGCAAGAAUCAUUUCUGUACAUUUUUAAGGUUUUUAGUUCAAAAUGUGAUGCAUUUCAUGUAGUUGUGAUCAGAUUCCUUUACUGGUCUAGUAGCAAAAACCACUAAAGUGUGGCUCCCUCCUAAGAUGUGUAACCUCAGCUGAGUUGGUAGUAUAACAGCAGCACAUAAUAUGAAUCUAGCCUGAAUUAAUUUAAUUGAGUGAUCAUCAAAUCUUGUACUUACUCAUAUGAAACAUUUAUAACAUAAUGUAUCAUUCAUGUGUGCAAAAUUGAAUACUAUUUACUUGAAAAUGUCAUGUUGGAAGGUGGAAUCAUCUGUUAUAAUUUAAAUUCCAAGUUGAAGUUUUUAAUGUUAAAGUGAACCCAUAUCAUCGGGAAGAAUAGGAAAAUAUUUAUUGAUAAAAGUUACUUUAAUACCCAAACUUGUGUUUACAAAAUAGCUGUGCUUCAUUGCAUUUAGUAAUAAAUAAUAAUUAUUACAGAAACUC